CACCCCCUCGCCGCCCCGCCGCGGCCCACCGCCGCCGGAACCCUAGCUCCGCCAAGCCCCCCCGCCCUCCCCAGUCGCCGAUCGGCCCCCGGGAUCCGGGCGCCCCUCCGCGCGCGAUCGCGAGAGAUUCGGGGUCGCCGCCGGCCGGGGCGAGAGAGGAGCCCAUGUCGGGGGCCGGCAGCGGCAGGCCGCCGGCCGCGCAGAAGAUCCUUCAGUUGCUGCGCCCGCCUCUGGCCUUCGCCGCGCCGUUGCGGCCGCCCUUCGCUGCCCCCGACGACUACCACCGCUUCCCCACGCCGGCAGCGGCUGCGGCCCCCGCCGCUACCUCAGGCGGCGUCGGUGCAGGGGGCAGCGAUAUCGAGGAGGGGCUGGUCAUCCGGACGCUGCUAAAAGGAAAAGCUGCAUCUGAAGAAAAUGCUGCUGCUGUGUCAAGUGAAUGUACGAUUUCCAGCCCUGGAUUUACUGGCAGUCCAAUGCUCACUCCAGUCUCUGGAAAAGCUGUUAAAACUUCUAAGUCAAAGGCAAAAAAUAAUAAAUCUGGGCCUCAGACUUCUAUGUCAAAUGUUGGUUCGCCACUCAAUCCACCAACUCCUUCUGGUACUUGUCGAUAUGACAGUUCAUUAGGACUUCUGACAAAAAAAUUCAUCAACCUGCUCAAGCAUGCUCAAGAUGGCAUUCUAGAUUUGAAUAAUGCUGCAGAAACAUUAGAGGUUCAAAAGCGACGCAUAUAUGACAUUACCAAUGUCCUUGAAGGAAUUGGGCUAAUAGAGAAGAUACUAAAGAACAGAAUCCGUUGGAAGGGCCUGGAUGAUUCGGGCAUUGAAUUAGAUAAUGGUAUUUCUGCUUUGCAGGCAGAAGUUGAAACUCUUAGUCUGCAGGAGCAAGCUUUAGACGAGCGUAUAAGUGAUAUGCGUGAAAAACUAAGGGGGUUGAUUGAAGAUGAAAAUAAUCAUAGGUGGCUCUAUGUGACUGAAGAUGAUAUCAAGGGAUUACCCUGCUUUCAGAAUGAAACACUUAUCGCGAUAAAGGCACCUCAUGGCACUACACUCGAAGUCCCAGAUCCGGAUGAGGCCGGCGAUUAUCUCCAGAGGAGAUAUAGAAUCGUAUUAAGAAGUACAAUAGGCCCAAUAGAUGUUUACUUAGUUAGUCGAUUUGAUGAGAAAUUUGAGGAAUUGGGUGGUGCUGCAACACCUGCAAGGCAUGCAAAUGUGCCCAUACAUCAACCUGUUGAAGAUUUCAAUACAAAAAAUGCCGGGCAAGGUUGCACAUCGAUGGAUGUGGUACAUAAUAUUCAGCAAAGCCAGAAGAUUCCCCAGGAUCCUAGUGCUUUGCAUGAUUUUGGAGGGAUGACAAGGAUUAUUCCUUCAGAUGUUGAUGAGGAUGCUGAUUAUUGGCUCCUAACAGAGGGGGAUGUUAGCAUUACUGAUAUGUGGAAAACGGCUCCAGAAGUGCAGUGGGACCAGUUGGACUUUUUAUCGGAAGAAGUUGGCACCCCGUGUGCCCAUAAUCAGCAGAUUGUUGCAGUUGGCGAGCCACAGAUACAGAUUCCAAGCAUGGAUAAACCAUAAGAUCAUGGUGGCUUCUCAUUUGCAAAAGCAAAACUCUGACAUCUGGAAUCCCUAGUGCGGUUAGCGGUGUUCUUAAUGAGAAGUUUCUUGGGUGAAAAAAAGGAUUUGUUUUCGGGACAGCAAGUGCUCAUUGCAACAGAAGAGCCGUGUGAUUUUCAUCAGAAUCUGUAUAUUCUGAAGAAAAGCCAGGACGGCAGUUGAGAUCUUCAGAUUGAUACCAACUCCGAAUUCACAUUUGGUUGUGGAGACAGGUGGUAUCAACUGGGUAAGUUAAACGGUUUGCUGACCGAUUUGUUUAAGCCCCCGUGCUUCAGGUGAGCCGACACUGAGGCGCUGCCUUCUCUGUGAACCCGUUGUUGUGCUCAUGCAGCCACCAUGAUUCCACGGGCUUGUGGCGCUCUGCUGAGAAGUACCGCAAAAAUGUGUAAACAUAAUGACAAAAUGGUGUACAAUGCAUGACGUGUUCGUGUAACAGAACCAUGGGUGAGCUAUCAAUGUACGGUAGAAAUCUUUGUACAAUUGUUUCAUACCCUAAUGCAAAGCACAGCUGUUUUCCAUGGAAAUAA